GAUUUUUUCCAGCUCCACCAUGGCCAGUCUAACUUUCUCUCUGUGUCUGCUGUUGGCUACAGCUCUGGCUGUGUGUGCCGAGCAGGACAGGUUUGAUGGCUUCCAGCUUCUGUUCGUGUACUCACGUAACGUGGAUGACGUCCACUUUCUGCACCAGAUAGGAGAGGAUUACGUUGAUAUCGACUUCUGGAUCGAACCUACCCAUGAGCACAACGCCACCGUCAUGGUCCCUCCCACCCUGCUGAACUUGUUCAAGAACAAACUUGACCAGCAGGGCAUCAGCUACGUCAUCGCGGUCAACGAUGUCCAGAAAGUCGUUGAGGCUGGCUCAGUUCGUACAUCAGAAGAGGAGGUUGCCAGAAAGCGCGAGCUGACAGGUGCUAAAAUUGACCACUACAACUACCACACCUACAACCAGAUUGUGAACUACCUUAAUGAACUCAAAAACACGUACCCAUCCCUGAUCCAGUUGUCUAACCUCAACUACAUCACACACGAAGGUAGAGUGGUCUACCUUGUCAAGAUGACAGGAUCCGCUGGUGCCAACAAGCAAGCCAUUAUCGUCGAGACUGGCAUCCACGCCAGAGAGUGGGUCACUAUUGCCACAGGACUGUGGGUCAUUGAAAAGCUCGCCAUGGACUACACAGCAAACGACGCCACAGCUAGACUGAUGCUGGACAAAUACGAUUGGUACUUCAUCCCAGUCGCCAAUCCUGAUGGCUAUGAACACACAUUCAACAGUAACCGCAUGUGGAGAAAGAACAAACGUUACAUCAGCUCCAGAUGUACUGGCGUCGAUCUGAACAGAAACUUUGACGCCAUGUGGGGAACCACCGGCAUCUCCACCAACUGUGCCAGCGACAUCUACCCCGGCACCGGACCUUUCUCCGAGCCUGAGACCGCCAACAUCAGAGACCUCUUUGAUAGCCUGUACCCCAACAUCGUUGCUUAUCUGGGCGUGCAUGCUUACUCACAGUUCCUCCUGGUCCCAUGGGGUUACACCGAGUACGUUUCUCGUCCAGCAAACGCUGCUGAACUGGACCGAGUCACCCUAAAAAUGUUGCAAGCCCUGAUUGCCAGACACGGAACCCAAUACCUCCAUGGAACUGCCUGGCAGCUUCUCAACUACGCUGCCUCCGGCUCCUCCAAAGACUGGGCCUUACGUCGCCGCACUAAUCUCUACGCCAUGGCCUUCGAGCUGAGACCCGCGGCCAACAGCGCCACCGGCUUCCUCCUGCCUGCGUCGCAGAUCGUUCCCACGUCUGAAGAAUUCUACGACUGCAUCAGGGCUAUGGUCCCAGAACUGAGAGACAUUUAAUUCUAAACUUCAAAUGAUUAAAACCUAAAAAAAAAAAAACAACUCCAGUAUUUUGGUGUUUCUUCAAAGCAUUUUUCUGUUUAUUUGAUUUUGCCAGUGUUUCAAAUUACAGGAAAUAAAAAAAAAAUCAUG